GGGGAACACACUAAGAUGGGAAGGGGGAUCUUGCAGAGAGGGAUCUCGCAUGUAUGGAACCGUGCACGUUCUCCACAUUAUAGCAUCAUGUCGGAGAUGGCUGUUGCAGGAGAAGAAUACCCAACAGAGAUUCAGGAUUACCUUUUGGCCUUUGAAAGAUCUGUUGCAUCGGUAGAUGAGAUGCUGAAGACUAUGAUGUCUGUAUCUCGAAGUGAACUUCUUCAGAAGCUGGAUCCUCUCGAGCAAGCAAAAUUAGAUCUGGUCUCUGCUUACACACUGAAUUCCAUGUUUUGGGUAUACCUGGCCACACAAGGAAUUAACCCAAAGGAGCAUCCCGUGAAACAGGAAUUGGAAAGAAUACGAACCUACAUGAACAGAGUGAAAGAGAUAGCAGACAGGAAGAAAGCUGCCAAAUUGGAUAAGGGUGCUGCUUCGAGAUUUGUACGAAGUGCUCUGUAUGAACCUAAAGCUCAGCACAAGUCCACAAAGAAGACUCCCGGCCUUGCCAAAAAGAAGAAACAUCAGUAGGACUUUUUAGUUCUGUGGCCAUUGGUAGAGACAGUUUUUUUUUAUCAAGUUCUCUUUUUUAAAAUAUAUGUUUGUGUAUAUAUGUAAAAAUGCCUGAGAUUGAAUGAGCCUGUAUCAAAUGACCAUUUGUUAUGACAUGAUCUCCUACCUCCAUAUAUUCCGGUCCUUGUGUUCUUUGCAAUAGAAACUGCAUAGCUUUGAGGAAACUUUUUUGGAAAAUAUCUUAAUUCCUGGUAAAGUAAUAUGUAAUUAUUUUUAAAAAAAUAAGGUUUUACUUUUGUAAUGAACAGAAAUAAGGCUAAUCAAGGGCUUUUCAACUCA